AUGGCUACAACGCCGAGAUACAGCAUCGAAGGUAUUCUCACCAACGUUCGGAGCGAUGAUCACAAUGCACGAUUCUCCGUCCGCCGGAACGGAAAGGUAUUUUACAUCACCGUCUCACCCACUAACUUUAUCAACUCCCCCGACAUGACCGAGAAGUACAUGGCAUAUCUCGAAGUCCUCAAGUCACGCGAGGAGGUCAUAGGUGACAUCUAUGAUACCGAUGUCUACGAAUGGGUCAUGGCUCCCUUUGAGCCGCUCCUAGUUGAACUCGCGCCUCCACCAGCAAGUGAUCCCCAAGACAUCCAAAUCACUCUCGAAAGGCAUCUAUUUCCUGAUUUCUUUGUCUUUGAACUACACGUCAUUGACGAAAGGUUAUGUCCUCGACGGGUUGCAGCCGAGGAGUCUCCUGUACGUCCAUCAUUUCUACGCUUCGACGAUGACUUUCUCGAUGACUUGGAGACUUGGACUGCCUUCUAUGAUCCCGCUGGAAUAACUUUAAGCUUCCAAGAUCCCGAGGAUGCGCUUUUCAAGCCGCCUAGUAAGGUUCUCAUCGACAACCGUAAGACCGAAUGCUUUUUCAAGCCGUGCAACUCUAGCGUUCAGACUAAACGCGAACUGGAGACGUAUAAAAUGAUCCAAGCAGCUGGGUUGGACUCAAAGUUUAACCUAUGUCGCGUUUAUGGCCUUGUAUUAGAUGAAUAUGAAUUCGUCCUUGGGGUUUUGUUAACCUAUAUCGAUAACCGGGGUUGUCCGUUGUCAACCAAGAUCGCUCCUGGGGAACCAGGCAAUCCUCCGCCUGAAGUGAGACAACGAUGGAUGGACCAGAUUGAGGCUGCUGUCUCGGGCUUGCAUGGCGCUGGCAUAGUCUGGGGAGAUGUCAAGGCCGAGAAUGUCUUGGUAGAUCAGGAUAAUAAUUCGUGGGUCACGGAUUUCGGAGGAGGCUAUACUAGGGGCUGGGUUGAUAAGGAGGUGGCGGAAACCAUGGAAGGGGACCGGAUGGGUAUGGAGAAGCUAAGAGAGUUUAUCUUUCCAGCUACAUCAUAG